AUGGAGGAAAGGAAUGAAACGGCUGUGUCUGAGUUCAUCCUACUGGGAUUUUCCAGCCUUGGUGAGAAACUGAAGAUUUUCCUCUUCCUGGUUCUUCUCCUCACCUACCUGAUCACAGUGAUGGGCAACGUGGUCAUCAUUUUCAUAGUGUGGGUGAAUCACCGACUCCACUCUCCCAUGUACUUUUUCAUCGCCAAUUUGUCCUUGGAAAUAUGGUUCACCUCGGUCACAAGCCCUAAGAUGAUGCUGAACUUUCUCUCAAUCAGCCGAACCAUUUCAUUCCAUGGCUGCAUGGCCCAGUCCUUCUUCUAUUUCGCCUUAGGUGCAACAGAGUUAGCCUUCCUAGUGGUUAUGUCCUUUGAUCGUUAUGUUGACAUCUGCUGCCCUUUGCAAUAUACCACCAUCAUGAAGCAGAGAUUCUGUAUCCAGUUAGUUCUUGGUACAUGGGUGGGAGGUUUUAUGGUUAUGAGUUUCCGGAUGCUCCUCAUUUCGAAGUUAAGUUUCUGUGGGCCAAAUGUGAUCAACCAUUUCUUCUGUGACAACACACCCCUUUUCCUACUGUCCUGUACUGACACCAGUGGGGUUAGAAUGGUGGAUUGUAUUUUGAUCUCAACUUUAGUGCUGAGCUCAUUAUGCCUAACAAUGUUGUCAUAUGUGAGCAUCUUAUUUUCUAUUCUCCGAAUCCCAACGGCCACAGGUAGACAGAAAGCUUUUGCUACGUGUGGGUCUCAUCUCACAUCUUUGGCAAUUGCCUAUGGGAGCUGCAUUGUGUUGUAUGCCACACCUUCAGGAAAUUCCUCCUUGAACCUCAACAAAGGGGUGGCUCAGCUGAACACUGUCCUGUACCCUUUCCUCAACCCUUUUAUCUACAGCCUCAGAAACAAGACUGUGAAACUCGCUCUGAGAGAAAUGUUUAGGUUGAGCACUGCAAAGUUGCUCUCCGAUCUGUGA